AAGUAUUCGAUAAACAAAAUCCAAAUAGUCUGUGUUACGAUGUGGAACCAAGUACUUUUUCUAUCCAUCGUGGUCAUCGUACCCUUCGCAACGACCGAACACCGGUCGUCGGACUUGAAACACAUCCAAACCCACAUCGCCCCUUCCAGAUCUAGAAUCAUAGGUGGACAGGAAGUGGUACCGCAUUCAGUGCCUUAUCAGGUUGCUCUACGCAUAAAUGGCAAUUCGUACUGUGGAGGUGCUUUAAUAUCCCCCAAUUACGUACUAACAGCAGGACAUUGCGGCAUAGUGAUAUUCACAGUCGAUGUUAUCCUAGGAGCGCACAACCUCUCCAACUCCAACGAAGACACUCAAGUCACAAUUCGGGGCUCCAAUGUUAUCAUCCACGAAGGGUACGACGAUGACACCCUUCGUAACGAUAUCACGUUGAUCCAGUUGUCUGAACCAGCACCAAUUAACGAUGUUAUUCAGCCAGCGAAGCUCCCUCCAAGUAGCGAUUUGGAUCGUACGUACUUGGACGAAGUAGUUUCAGCCACUGGAUGGGGGUUGUACAAAGACGUACCUUUUCCAUCGACCAGGGACAUGUCAGACGUGCUUCUGCAAGUGGACGUACCAGUGUCAAACCUGACGGAAUGUGGAGAGUACUACAACGACGAAGACGGCGACUAUGUCGUCGAAACCAACGUUUGUACUUCUGGAUAUAGAAACAAAGGAACGUGCAAUGGAGACUCUGGAGGUCCUUUGAGUUUGGAUGGAGUGGUGAUCGCCUUGACGUCUUUCGGUACCGAUCUAUGUGAAGUGUGCAGCCCUUCGGUCUACACAAGGGUCGUGAAUUACCUAGACUGGAUCGCGGAAAAUUCCGAUGUUGAGAUAUGAUAAUUGCGUCGGUGAAUAAAGAUCUUUAGACCACA